AUGCUUCGAUUGAUUCUACUUUUCACAGUCUUUUGCCUGUGGUGGGUUCCCGGAUAUGGACAACUUCGCAAGCAUCAUCAACAGAUCCAGCCGCCGUUGGAAGAAGUCGACGUGAUUCGGGCCAUGCAGGGAAAGCCAAACGAGGCUCAUCGAUCCCAAGAGGCGAGCACAAAUAUGCCCGAAGCGACGUAUGCAAGCUCGCCUGCUUCCACUUGUGGCGAAGCUUCUUUAUCUUGCGUUGUUUUUGAUCCAAAGCAUUCUCGUAUACCAAUCCGAUGCGGUGUCAUUCGAAAAGCGCCCGUAUGUGAACGACAAGACGACCAAGGAAAACGCCAUUGUGAUGUGUUUUGUGACGCGGACGGAGGAGCACGGGUUUGUGAAUUUGCAUUUCCGAAAUGCUGUGCGGUUGGAAAGAAUGGCUGUCGAACCUCCAAACCUCGUGAAAGUAUCUAG